UUGGGCCCCAUGCCCACUGUCCUGACUUGCGGGUCUACUUUGGAAAAAUCAGGAGACACCUGGACAAAGAAGGCAAUGGCCUCCUUCAGCCUUGUUGUUCUGUGGCACCAGAGAUCCUGGGGGUCCACUUACUACCCCAACAAAUCCUCACCAUGCCAGAGACUAAGCGGUGAGUUGUGAGCAGACUUUGCAAUCCCAGAGCUGACAUACCACAGGGCUGUGCACUGAAGCAAGGCCUGUCCGUGAUAUUUAAAAGCACCCAUCUCUCUUGACAUCAGAAUCAAUCUUCUGGGAAGAUCCCCCUCACCUCCACCUUCCUUGAUACAACUGAACGGAGUUCCAGAAAGACACAGUUGGCAAGUUAUUCCACUUUCACCUUACUUUCUUGGUCAGGAAGAUGGGGAUACUAAGAGGAUAAUACAUGAGGAUGUCAGUGUAGAGCCUAAUAGCACAAGGCACAGCCAUUCACAUCAACUGGCAUUUACUGAGCUCUGGAUCCUCUGGCCGCGCAAUUUAAAAGAUGCAUCCGCCAGCACUAGGGCCGGGCGGUCCCGGAACCACGGCCGCCGCCCUGCGCGCUCACAGCCGCGUUCCUCGCAGCGAAGUGCCCGGCAGCCUCGCGAGCCACUACCAGCGGCGCCCGACGCGACGCUGACCUGGGGGCGCCCCACCGAGGCUGAGGAAGAUACCGAGGAAAAGGACAGGUGGCGCCUCCCUCCCCGGAAGUGGCUCUGGGAACUUUCGCCUAAGAGCUCCCAGCACCAAAGUCAGGGUCUCCGGCGGGAGCUGCAGCCGGUCCGGAGUGGUGGUGGCACUGCCCACCUGCGCCGCGUCCAGGCACCCGGGUGCGCUCCGAGUGCCCCGGGGCCGGAGAGCGCGCCUAGCCCGCUUCGGGCACCGGGACGGGUGGGGGCGACCCGGAGGUGGGGGGCGGAGGUCCAGCUCGGGAUUGCGGGUUAA